UUCAGGAUUAUCACAAGAUCAUCAAGCAGCCCAUGGACAUGGGCACCAUCAAGAGGCGCCUGGAGAACAAUUAUUACUGGGGAGCAGCAGAGUGCAUGCAGGACUUCAACACCAUGUUCACCAACUGCUACAUCUACAACAAGCCCACGGAUGACAUCGUGCUGAUGGCUCAGAAUCCAUUUCUAAAAAAAAUCUCCAAAAAAGGCGUGAAGCGGAAAGCCGACACCACCACUCCCACCACCACGGCCAUCAUCGCCACGAGCGGCGGCGGCGGCGGCGAAUCGUCGCCCAACGUCGCCGACGGCGCCAAAGCCGCCAAAAUCCCGGCGCGGCGCGAGAGCGGCCGACCCAUCAAACCUCCCAGGAAAGAUUUACCGGAUUCCCAACAGCACCAAACGUCCAAGAAAGGGAAACUGACGGAGCAGCUGAAAUAUUGCAACGGCAUCCUGAAGGAGCUGCUGUCGAAAAAACACGCGGCCUACGCGUGGCCAUUCUACAAACCCGUGGACGCGUCGGCGCUGGGGCUCCACGAUUACCACGAGAUCAUCAAGCAUCCCAUGGAUCUCAGCACCAUCAAGAGGAAGAUGGAGAACCGGGAUUACCGCGACGCGCAGGAAUUCGCCGCCGACGUUCGGUUGAUGUUCUCCAACUGCUACAAAUACAACCCCCCCGAUCACGACGUGGUGGCCAUGGCCAGGAAACUCCAGGUGGGAAUUGGCCAAAAUUCCCAAAAUUCACAAAUUCCCAAAAUUCUCAGGAAAAAAAAAAAAAAAAAUUGGGGAAACCCCAAAAAAUCCUCCAAACCCCCUUUGGCCGCCCCGUCCGCCUCGGCCGCCUCCCUGCUCGACUCGGAGGAGGAGGACGAAUCGAAACCCAUGAGCUACGACGAGAAAAGACAACUGAGCCUCGACAUCAACAAACUGCCCGGGGAGAAACUGGGCAGGGUCGUUCACAUCAUCCAGAGCCGCGAGCCCUCGCUCAGAGACUCCAACCCCGAGGAGAUCGAGAUCGACUUCGAGACGCUCAAGGCGUCCACGCUGCGCGAGCUCGAGCGCUACGUGCUCUCGUGUCUCAGGAAGAAGCCGAGGAAACCCUACAGUGAAAGUGAGUGGGAGUUUAGAUUUUAGUUUUGGGGUGGUACGGGGAUUUUUGGGGAUUUUUCGGGA